AUGAGGACAACAGCAGGUGACAUGUUGCCUGAUUGUGUCAUUCACAUUGUACUCUCCCAUUUAUUAUUUAAAGAUGCAGCCCGAAUGAGCAUUCUCUCUAAAACAUGGCUACGAGCCUGGUUAACACAUCCCAAUUUGGUAUUUGGAGUUUACGAUUUCAAAUGUCUAGAAAUAUUGGAUGAAAUCUUGGAAAGAUAUCGCGAUGGAAAAAUCCCUAUAGAAAAGUUGGAUUUCUCUGUUUUUGUAAUUUGUGCUGAAGUUUUUCCGCUGAUUGAUAAGUGGCUUCGAAUUGCUUUUCAAAGUGGUGUGAAAUAUCUCGAAAUUGGAUAUACAGGCCCUUUGCCUGUUUUCACUAUUAUGACAGCAAAAUCUUUAACAAAAUUGGUUCUCAAGGAUUGCGAUCUAAUGCAGCUUUCAUUAUUAUUAUCUAAUGGUACUAAUGUGGUUAAUUACUGUGAUUCUUUGAGGGAGCUUUCUUUAUUAGGUGUUCGUUUAGACGGCAUCGUGCUUCAGACUCUGUUCACCACUUGUCCAAUGAUUGUCAGUUUCACUAUUAAGCAUUGUAUUGGUUUAAACAAGAUUGAGUUACGGAAUCUUCAAAAGAUUAAGAUGGUUUCUGUUUAUAUUAAUAAAAAACAGCCUGUCGAAAUUCAAGCACCAACUCUCGAACACUUUUUUUACUGUGGUCUUACGGAAAAUACCCUCGAGUUGGAAAUGGUUGCGUGUCAGAAUCUGAAAUCUUUAAAGCUAUCAUGUGUGAAGAUAUCUGAUGGAUUUCUCGAGCACCUUACUUCUAGAUGUGAAUUCCUUGAGAAUUUGAUGUUGGAUAACAUCGUAAGUAAAGGGUUAAGAAGGUUUAAAGUUUGCGGGAGUCAAGCUCUUAAGAAAUUGGUGAUUCGUGGUUGUAAUGGUGUAGCAGUGAUUGAUGCUCCAAAUUUGGAAUCACUCGAGUAUGUCGGAUACCAAAUUCCUGUACUUAAAACUACGAAAACAUUUGGUCCAUUGAAGCACUCGCGAAUAGAGUUAUAUUGCCUCAGCAAUAUAAAUGCAUUAUGGUUCUGUAAAUUGAGGAAAUUUCUGUUUAACUCAAACUCUUUGUUACACACUACCCUUCAUUUUCCCAAAUGCAUUAAAAUCAACAUGGAAAAUUGGGAUCCUUACCGUGGAUUAUUUGAUAUACCUCAAAUUGACGUGUUGAAUGUAAACUUAACCGGGUCAGUGAAGUGUCCGACUUUUGUGGAUGCUUUACUAUGGAGCUGUCAUCCUAGGAGACUCAACUUAUUCUCGACUGGGCAAAUGAUUACAUGUUUCAACGAUCAUUUAAUGCAUAUGAAGAGUUCAAGUCAUUCUACUUCUCGUGGAAGCUGUGAGCCUUGGCAAUGUCAAUUAAAAGAUAUCUGA